GUGUAAACAGACGCGAGUCAGUCGUGACCGUGCCUGUCAGUGAUGAAGCAGUGUUUCCUUGUACCAAAUUAAUGUUUCCCUCACUUCCACAGGGAUGCAUCACUUAAGCGGCCUUCGACAGGUUUAGUCGAUCAAACUGCAUUAAGAAAUCCAGCAGAAACUGAACCUAGUGACUCGGCUGCAGGAGCGAGAGGCGCGGAGAAGCGCUAUGCCGCGGCGGAAGAGAAAUGCCGGCAGUAGCUCUGAAGGUACGGAGGAUUCAGACUUCUCCGCUGAGCACACAGACAGCUCAGAGAGUGACGCCCAUGCGGUGAGAAACACCCGCCUCACUCGCUCCUCAUUGCGCCUCAGCCGCAACUCGCAAGAUUCCAGUCCUGUGGGGAACCCGUCUGCCUCAGUUUCAGAGGAGGUGGUGAACUAUUCCACCCGUCGCGUGACUCGUAGUCAACAGCAGGGGGUGUCAGUCUUGCCCAAGAAAUACCCCUUGCGGCAGAGUCGUUCUUCUGGCUCAGACACGGAGCAGCAUGGGGAAAUCUCAGAGAGGGACAUUAAGGAAAGUGCAGACCAUGAUGAGUCCCCACCCAGGACGCCCACAGGCAACGCUCCUUCCUCUGAGUCUGACAUCGACAUGUCCAGCCCAAACGUAUCUCAUGAUGAGAGUCUGGCAAAGGAGCUGUCUCUGAAAGAAUCCGGCCUUGCUCACCGGCCUAAGCGACGACGCUUUCAUGAGAGCUACAACUUUAACAUGAAGUGCCCCACACCUGGUUGUAAUUCACUUGGACAUUUGACCGGGAAACAUGAAAGGCACUUUUCAAUAUCUGGAUGUCCACUAUACCAUAACCUUUCAGCAGAUGAGUGUAAGGUGAAGGCAAGCUCUCGAGACAAACACGUGGAGGAGAGGACGCUGUCCCAGCGACAGGAUGAGAAUCGCCAUUCUGCUCGGCAACAGGCCCAAACAGAGCGACAGCUGCGGUAUAAAGAAAAGGUGACAGAGAUGAGGAGGAAGAGAAACUCCGUUCCUCUUAAAGAGCAAAAAGACAAGUAUACAGAGCACAGACAGACCCAUGGCAGCAGUCGUGAGCCUCUCCUGGAGAACAUCACAAGUGACUAUGACUUGGAGCUAUUCAGAAAAGCCCAGGCACGUGUCUUGGAUGAUCUUGAAAAACUUCGGCUGCAGGGACAGGUCACGGAGGGCGGCAACAUGAUAAAGGCCAUUGUGUUUGGCCGCUAUGAGUUGGACACCUGGUACCACUCGCCAUACCCCGAAGAGUACGCCCGCCUCGGCCGCCUCUACAUGUGUGAGUUCUGCCUCAAAUACAUGAAGAGUCAGACCAUUCUGCGACGUCACAUGGCCAAAUGUGUGUGGAAACAUCCACCAGGUGAUGAGAUUUACAGGAAAGGGGUUAUAUCUGUUUUUGAAGUGGACGGCAAGAAGAACAAGAUUUAUUGUCAAAACUUGUGCCUCCUUGCCAAACUCUUCCUGGACCAUAAAACUUUGUACUACGAUGUGGAGCCGUUCCUCUUCUAUGUGAUGACUGAAGCGGACAAUACCGGCUGCCAUCUUGUAGGAUACUUCUCCAAGGAAAAGAAUUCAUUCCUGAACUACAAUGUCUCCUGUAUCCUGACCAUGCCACAGUAUAUGAGGCAGGGUUAUGGCAAGAUGCUGAUUGAUUUCAGUUAUUUGCUGUCCAAAGUAGAGGAGAAGGUUGGCUCCCCUGAACGGCCUCUCUCUGACCUGGGACUCAUCAGUUACAGGAGUUACUGGAAAGAAGUGCUCCUGCGCUACCUGCACAACUUCCAGGGCAAAGAGAUCUCCAUUAAAGAAAUCAGCCAAGAAACAGCUGUCAACCCUGUAGACAUUGUCAGCACUUUACAGUCACUCCAGAUGCUGAAGUACUGGAAAGGGAAGCAUCUGAUCCUAAAAAGACAGGAUCUGAUUGAUGAUUGGAAAACCAAAGAGGCAAAACGUGGAAGCAACAAGACUAUUGACUCUACGGCCUUGAAGUGGAGCCCACCCAAUGGAACCUAAGACAAUAAUCUGCAUGCUCUUCACAGUUUGCUGUAGUUUAACUGGUUUUGGUCACUAUUAGAAUAGCUCAAUACAGAGGAAGGUGUUCUCUUUCAUAGUUUCACUCAACGCUGCAUAGCUAUGACGCAAUGGGAACGCCCCUUGGGUGUGCCGAUUGUCUGAAGCCGUAAUGGAAUCAUGCCAAUGGCAUGGGCGCCACCUCAAUGCCACUACAUCACCCACUCUAACACUAGUGACCACGCCAUCCGCUCCUCAGAUUUUCUUCCUUCAGAAGCGGUCAUUUAGCCCUUCAGAAGCGAUUUAUCUGGCUCAUGUUUUGGCUUAUUAGCGACAACCCGCACAGUAAGUGUGUUGAAUGUAUGGGUUUUUCUCACGUGCGAGGCUUUUUACGGCACUUCUAACUGUAAAUUUUGUGAGAAUCUCUAUCUCAAAACUUUGCGUGAGGCUUGCGGUUUUUUGAGAAGGACUCAUCCAUUAUCCCCCAUUGUACUGCUGCUGAGGCCCUCCGUGAAUUCGCCUCCUGGGGUUCGGAUAUGGAGCUGGAGGCUAUAGAGAGUGAGAAGACGGGCCUCGCCUUUUCUCUCCCUCUCUCGCCUGAGUGCUCUCGCACGGAUUCGCCGGUGGAGUUGUCCACGAUUAUUUAUGUCCCAGCUCCUUUGGGUUUUAUUAUAUUUUGUACACCAUGGCAGCCGACUCUUAAGAUUUCGGGCCCGCUUCAGUCGACGCUCUCCCGCCUAGAGGCCUGGAGGCGUGGCCUUCUACGGCCUUUACUGAGCUAGUGGACGUGUUGGCGUGUGCUACCGAAAAGCUUAAUCUUGAGUGGCCGGAUAAACCGUGUCGUUUUUCACACCAUGGCCAUCCUUCAGGCUUAUCAAGCUGAUGUCCAGAAGGAGAUGGACGAGGGGGGGGGCCCUGACUCCAGAAGCGGUCAAAAAGCUCCAUAGGGCUACGGACAUGGCGCUGCAUGUAACUAAGCACACUGCACGCGCAGUUGGGCGUACAAUGGCGGGGCUGGUGGCUGCCGAGCACCACUUCUGGCUAAAUCUCACGGAAAUAAGUGAGAAGGGGAAAGUUUUUCUCCUCAAUGCCCACAUCUCGCAGUCGGGAUUGUUCGGCGAGGCGGUUAGCUCGGUGAUGGACAAAUUCUGUGCUGCCAAGACUCAGUCGGCUGCCCUUAAGCAGUUCAUAAGCACCCGUUAGCACCCACAUAAGCGGAUUGAGCUGAAGCGCUCAGAUAAACCCACGGCUUCAGCUUCAUCGGGUCGUUCCUGAUCUCUGUGUCAGGAGUUCCCCUGGAGGAUAUCUGUGUGGUAGCAGGAUGGUCCUUUUAUCAGGUUUUAUAGCUUGGAUUUAGAUGCUGCUCCUGGUUAACUAGUAUUAGAGUGGGUGACGUAGUGGCAUCCGAGCCAUCAGCCAAUGAAUUGGUGUGACUCCAUAUGGGCUUCAGAUAAUCGGCACACCCAAGGGGCAUUCCCAUUGCAUAUGGGCUACGCAGCAUCUCGUUCUCUAUUCAGAGAACAUGGGUAAUGUGAGUAACCCGAGACGUUUUCUUUGUUACAGUAAGUUACAAGUAAGGCUGCAAUCCUAACGCUGUCCUGUGUCACAUGGUUCGGUUAGAACAUUUCGAGUUACCUUAAGGCUGGAAUACACUACACGAUUUUUGCCCCGAUUUUCCACCGAUUUACAGUCUGAAGGAGUUGACAUUAGUUGCCGAAAGUCAGAGCCACUCUGCAGAUUUGAGUUGAAAGAUUUAAUAGAAAAUCGUGUAGUGU